CGGAGCUUGGCGCAGGGAGCCCUUCUGCCUCCGUCGGUCUGGGUUCCCCUCCUACCCGGGUGGCCUCUGCCUCUGCACCCCUCCCCACGUGCUCAUGAGCUGGGCCCCGGAGGAGUGCCGGGGGCAGGGAGGGCUGCCCGGUGACAAUCAUGCCCUCUGUGCCAGGCUGGUGGAGAAGCCCAAUAGGGGGUCCGAGGAGCAGCCUGAGUCUGGCCCGGCACCCAUCGUCACCCGCACGGCCACGGGACCUGCCCUGGACUUCUGGCAGGCACUGCUGGCUGGGGACGUGGGCUCCGUCUCCCGCAUCCUCUCGGACUCCGGCACCGGCCUGGCUCCUGAUUCCAUCUUUGACACCAGCGACCCAGAGCGAUGGAGGGAUUUCCGCUUCAACAUCCGUGCUCUGAGACUCUGGUCCCUAACCUACGAAGAGGAGCUGACCACGCCGCUGCACGUGGCAGCCAGCCGCGGCCACACGGACGUUCUGCGGUUUCUGCUGAGGCGUCGAGCGCGGCCGGACAGCGCCCCCGGGGGCCGCACUGCCCUGCACGAGGCCUGUGCUGCCGGCCAUGCCGCCUGCGUCCAUGUGCUGCUCGUGUCGGGCGCUGACCCCAACCUCCCAGACCAGGAUGGGAAACGCCCUUUGCAUCUUUGCCAGGGGGCUGGCACCGUUGAGUGUGCGGAGCUGCUCCUCAAGUUUGGGGCGAGAGUGGAUGGUCGGUCUGAGGAGGAAGAGGAGACCCCUUUACACGUGGCUGCGCGGCUUGGCAACGUGGAGUUGGCAGACCUGCUUCUAAGACGGGGGGCCUGCCCCGACGCCCGCAAUGCUGAAGGCUGGACUCCUCUCCUGGCCGCCUGCGAUGCCCGCUGCCAGUGCCCCGCUGACGCCGAGGCCACCAGCACCCGCUGUCUCCAGCUGUGCCGCUUGCUGCUCUCGGCUGGAGCAGACGCCGACGCUGCCGACCAGGACAAGCUGCGGCCCCUGCACCUUGCCUGUCGCCGUGGCCACGCGGCUGUGGUGGAGCUGCUCCUGUCCUGUGGCGUCAGUGCUAACGCCAUGGACUACGGGGGCCACACAGCCUUGCACUGUGCUCUGCAGGGCCCGGCAGCAGCCCUGGCCCAGAGCCCAGAGCGCAUGGUACGGGCUCUGCUCAACCAUGGCGCUGUCCGAGUCUGGCCGGGGGCCCUCCCCAAGAAGCGUCUUGUCUGUUCUCCUCACCGAUGGAUCCCCGGCGCUGGGCUCAUGGUAGGCCCUCAGGAAAUAUUUGCUGAAUUAGAACAUGAAAGAAUGAAUUUGGCUCCAGCUCAUCCCACUCACGUUCCUACCAAAAGCCCUCCACAGCUGCCAUGGGGCCUCCUACACCAGGUGUCUGGUUGCUUGUCCCUGUUCACUCAAUGCCCUCCUGGCUCCUUAUCCUCACCGCAGAGCCCAAGACCCCUUCUCCAAAUUGGGCAGAUUCUGCUCCAUAUACUGACUGUGCUUUUUUUUAGUUUGAAAAUCAGAAUUACAGAGAGAAAGGAAAAGAGAAAGAGAGAGAGAGAGAGGGCGCGCCUCCAUUUGCUGGUUCACUCUUUAGAUGGCAGUGGUGGCUCAGGCCUUUAGCAGGGAGCUGGAUUGGAAGUGGAAGUGAGGCAGCUGGGACGUGAACUGGUGCCUAUAUGGGAAAGGGAUGCUGGUGUCACAGGUGGUAGCUUUACCCAUUAUGCUAAAACACUGAUGACUCCUGAGCUUUUUUAAAAACAAUAUUUUUAUUUAUUUGAAGGGAGGGAGGGAAGAAGAGAGAGAGGGAGGAAGAGAGAGAAUUAGAGAGAGAGAAAAAGAGAGGGAGAAUCUUCCAUCCUCGACUGCCCCACAAUAGCUGGGACUGGACCAGGUUGAAGCCAGGAACCAGGAACUCAGUCUGGGUCUUCCACGUGGGUGCACAGACGCAACACUUGAGCCAUCACCUGCUGCCUCCCCAGGGGCCCAUUAGCAGGAAGCAGGAAGUGGAAGUGGAACAGGGACUUGAACCCAGCACUCUGAUAUGGGCAUCCCAAGCAGUUCCUUAACAUCUACACCAAAUGCUUGCCCCGAUUGAGCUUUUUUUUUUUUUUUAAGAUGUAUUUAUUUGAAAGUCAGAGGGGCCGGCACCAUGGCGCAGUAAGUUAAUCCUCUGCCUGCGGCGCCAGCAUCCCAUAUGGGCUCCAGUUGUAGUCCCGGCUGCCCCUCUUCCAAUACAGCUCUGCUAUGGCCUGGGAAAGCAGUGGAAAAUGGCCCAAGUCCUUGGGUCCCUGCACCCACAUGGGAGACCUGGAAGAAGCACCUGGCUCCUGGCUUCAGAUUGGCACAGCUCCAGCCUUUGUGGCCAUCUGGGGAGUUAACCAAUGGAAGGAAGACCUUUCUCACUGUUUCUCCAUUUCACUGUCUGUAACUCUACCUCUCAAAUAAAUAAAUAAAAUCUUUAAAAAAAAAAAGUAUGACAAAGAGAGAAGAGGCAGAAAGAGAGAGGUCUUCCAUCCGCUGCUUCACUCCCCAGUUGGCCAUAAAGGAGUCAAGAGCUUCCUCUGGGUCUUCCCACACGGGUGCAGGGGCCCAGGGUCUUGGGCAUCUUCUACUGCUUUCCCGGGCCACAGCAGAGAGCUGGAUUGGAAGAAGAGCAGCUGAGACUUUUUUGGCCAUGUGGGAUGCUGGCACUGCAGGCAGUGGCUUCACCCGCUAUGCCACAGCACCGGCCCCCGAAUGUUUUUUUUUUUUUUUUGAAGAUUUAUAUUAUUUAUUUGAAAGUCAGAGAGAGGUAGAGCCAGAGAGAGAGAGAGAGGUGUCUUCCAUCCACUGGUUCACUCCCCAAAUGACUGUAAUUGCCAGAGCUGAGCUGAUCUGAAGCCAGGAGCUAGGAGCUUCUUCCAGGUCUCCCACAUGGCUUCAGGGGCCCAAGGACUUGAGCCAUCUUCCACUGCUUUCCCAGGCCAUAGCAGAGAGCUGGAUCAGAAACAGAGCAGCUGGGACUAGAACCGGCACCCAUAUGGGAUGCUGGUGCUGCAGGCCACGGCUUUAGCCUGCUGCACCACAGCGCCAGCUUCCGAUUGAUUUUUUAUCUGCUGAACAUCUCCAACUCGUGGCCUG